UUUUCCUGCUAUAGUGCCUUCUGAGCCAGCAGCACAAGACAGAUAUUCUGCUUUCUUUCCACUACGGCAUGAUUUCUGGCUGGAAGCAUUUGUACUCUAAGAGCCAAACUUGAUCAUCUUGGAAGGAUUUAAAGGACCAGGACAACCCAACAGAACAAAACAAAAGGAGAAACUACUUUGCUUAUUUUUUUUUAUCAUCAGCAUCCUUCACCCCCUGGUACAUGUUUCUUAUAACAAUGUGUUCUUUUUCAAGUGUGAGUUUUGUUGUCUGUUCUUGAAUGCAUCUUGCUCAAGUGUCCAGAAAGGGGGAAAUGUCUAUAUAGCCCAAGGAUACACUUGGUCAAGAAGAUUUAAAAAAUCCAGUGUGGACCUAACAAUUUUGCAUCAUCAUACAGGAAUCUACAGAGUCGGUGAAAAGGCAAAGGAAGAUCUAUCUCCCUACUCUACUCAUUCUAACAACAAUGUCGGUGACUGUUGGCAAUGUAUCAUUAAAUGGAACAAACCAAUCGAUUCAAAAUCAUGGAAUUAUGGAUAUGCCCAAAGGACAAAAACCUUUGAAUGUCUUUCUUUUCUGUUUAACUUUUAUUAUAACAUUCACCGCCCUGCUGGGCAGCAUCUAUUCACUAGUGUCUUUGCUGAGACUGCAAAAUAAAAGUACCAUCUCGAUGAUUGUCACUUCAUUGACUGUGGAUGAUCUGAUCAGCGUGGUGCCGGUGACAAUCUUCAUGCUCAAACAGUGGUUGGACGAAAUGCUUCCCCACACCUUGUGCACAACUUCAGCACUGCUGUACUUGUUCCAAGGUUUUUCGAGCAAUCUCAUGGGAUCUCUUGUAGUUUCGUAUAACUUCUACAGCCUUCACAAAACAGGGACUAGCCACAGGGCUACCAAAAGGCCAGUGAGCAUGAUAUGGGCCAUUCUCACUAUCUGGAUUGUCAGUUUGCUGAUCUGUAUUUUGCCUCUGUUUGGCUGGGGUAGCUAUUCACCCACCUCCUGGGGAUGCCUUAUGGACUGCGCCAGUUCUUACGUCUUGUUACUUUUUGGCAUUUACGUGCUGUGUCUCUGUCUCCUUGUUGUGCUCUCCAUUCCACUAAUUUAUAAGCUGUUGUGUUCAGAUGAUCAACAGCAGCUUUACGAUGAUUAUCAUCAAAUCGUCCGAGGGUACUUCUCACCUGGGUCACCUCCAGCUGGGAGUCAUGCACUAUCCCUUUCUCCGGAAGAUCCAGUGAACAGACUCUCAAAGCACUGCCAAGUUCCUUGUCAGAACUCUGACCCAUUGGUUAGGCAAAGUCCCACCGACAUCAGUGGAGCGGACCACUACGGUGCACACUGUGUGCCGUACACCAGCCGAGGAUUCACUGUGGAAUUUGCUCAGAAGCGCUUCUCACUGAUCCUGGCUCUGAUAAAAGUCAUUCUUUGGCUUCCAAUGAUGAUACAAAUGGUUGUUCAACACACAGUGGCAUUUCAAAGCUUUUCCUUUGAGAUAUUCAGUUUCUUGCUAACUUUGCUUGCUGUCACUGUCACCCCAGUGUUUGUUUUGUCAGAAUAUUGGAGCCACCUGCCUUGCGGCUGUAUCAUUAACUGCAGGAGGAAUGUCUACACCAUCUCCUCACAAGAAGGCAAGCCCAAAAGAAGAGGUUUUGAAUUCAAUCUGUCAUUUCAGCAAGGUUAUGGAAUCUAUAAGAUAUCACAUGACAUCUACCAUAGUGAUGAUGGCAACUCUGUAUCGUAUCACAGCUUGCUGAACUAUGAUUGUGAGAAUGCGAAAGAAACUCAAAAGGAGAACAACACUAUUGAGUUCAGCACCAUUUCUCUGGAGGACAGCUCCAUUCUUAAAGACUCUGCAAAGCGCAACAGAACAGUUGGUACUGACACAAAACAAGACCUUGGCAAGGAUAAAGUUACAGAUCACCUGCUUGCUGUCAAAACAGGAACACAUAAAAGAGAAGACAUCAGGAAUAUGGAAAAGGGUCCUUUCUUUGAAGGUCCGGAAAGAAGGCUUUCUCAUGAGGAAUGUCGAAAACCUGAGCUCUCAGACUGGGAAUGGUGCAGGAGUAAAUCUGAAAGGACUCCUCGACAGCGUUCAGGUGGUUCCUUAGCUAUUCCUUUGUGUGCAUUUCAAGGGACUGUAUCUCUACAUGCACCCACAGGAAAAACUCUCUCUUUAUCUACAUAUGAGGUAAGCACAGAAGGGCAGAAAAUAACACCUACAUCCAAAAAAAUUGAAGUGUAUCGUUCCAAGAGUGUGGGUCAUGAGCCAAAUGCUGAGGAUUCCCCAACUACGUUUGCUGACACAAAUGUGAAGAUUCAUUUAGAGGUGCUUGAAAUUUGUGACAACGAAGAAGCCAUGGACACAGUGUCAAUCAUCAGUAAUAUCAGCCAAUCCUCUACCCAAGUCCGGUCUCCGUCUUUGCGCUAUUCCCGGAAAGAAAACAGGUUUGUGUCUUGUGAUUUAGGAGAGACAGCUUCCUACACACUCUUCAUACCAUCAAACAAUCCCGACAGUGAUAUUAACAUAUCAAUCCCUGACACUGUGGAAGCUCACAGGCAGAAUAGUAAAAAGCAACACAUGGAGAAAGAUGGCUAUCAAGAAGAGAUACAGGUGCUCAACAAAGCUUACAGGAAAAGAGAAGAGGAUGAGGGCAGCUCUUAGAAAUGUUUACACAUCGCAUCUGAGUAACUUUGGUUGUCUUCAGAGUCAAGAUGGUUCACUCUCUUAUUUUCGCUUUGACAAUAAAAUAAUAUUCAUGAUACUGAUGCAAAAGUGGUAAACACAUAGUCAAAUGGCAAAACCCAUUGAAAUCAGUACUGUUUAAACAGUCUGUCUUGCAAAACUGGAGGCAAAGUUUUUAAAGCAGCUCUUUUGAAGGAGUGGGGGAUGUUGGUUUCUUUUUCAAGUAAAUGUUUGGUUUUUUUCAGCAGAGGAGUAGCUCCAAGGGGACAGUGGGGCA